AUGGCACUGGGGGCACCUUUCCCUCCCGGAGAUGCCCUAGCAAGAGUCAACUGUGUCUCAUCUGCGUGCACCGCACCUGUCUCUCAGUCCCAUCACAUCGUCAAGGCUGUACAGGUACAAGUCGCGCAUCGAAUUCCACCGAACAAACGACAAUUUGUUCUGACCCCCUCAGGACCCUGGUCUGCUCGAUGUCCGUCGAGCACAGGCGCCCCAUUUGAUUUGAUAACCGGGCUAAUGACGGACACUGAAAUGACGAUAUGUGGGGGGUGUCGCGUCUUUCUUGGGCACUGGGCCAGGGUUGCCAGCGGACGGGUGGGUUGCCAGUGCAGCUCGGGCCUGGGAACACUGUGCGAAUACAUGGACACUGACACGAGACGCAUGCUGUUUUUUUCAGCUGCAAACCAGCGAGCAACGGCGCCCGACAUGCAGCACAGCAACAUCGUGAGCAGGACACAAACCACCACGACGUUGCCAACGGCUGGCAGAGACAUGCACGGCUGCGCCAAUCCAUCGCCGCAUCGGGGCUUCUGCCAUUCCCCUCCUAGGCCAACUCUGGGCCUGGCCCACGCCUCCAUGUCCAAUCGAAUCCAGCCCAAUCCGAGACUCGCAUGUCACCGACUCGCCCCAGAUGGGGAGUCCUGGGGUCGCUUCGGCCGAAGCCCGUCGUCCCGUCCCAGCUCGCGCCAUCCAGUGCACCCUGGAUGCCCGGAUCUCCGCCUGCUCAGCGCUUGGCCCCAGUGGCCACAACGCCCAGAUGCACCCGCCAAAGCCUUCCAGGCUGCCCAGGACCCCGAACGCCCUGGCACGACAAGCACGGCCCCCCGCCAAACCGUUCCAUCCAGCCUGAUUGUCUUGCCACCGGCAAACCCAACGACAAAACAUCUCGGGCUUCGAUCUUCGUUCUAUGACGCCUUGUUUGGAAGUCCAACCAACCACGAAAUCAAGCAACCGCAUUGA